GUGGAAUGACAACUGACAGAGUGUUACUUGAGGAUGUCUUUGUGACAGUUUUCAAAUGUUACGCUGAAUUAUUUGUUUAUAAAAAUGGAAUAACAAAUACGAUUGUAAAUACUGAGUGUGAAGUUGUAACUUGCAAGAUGUAACCUCUAGAAUGCACACAUCAAUCCUUUUAUAUAUGAUUUUAUGACUUACCUAUUCAAAUCCUUGGGAUAAACUGCUUAGUAACUACUAAAUAAAUACCUUUUGUUCUAAUUUAUCAUGAAGCAUCGCAAUAAAAUAGUGGAUAGUAUAACAUAAUACCAGAAAACGAACCAAUUAGUUCCUAUUGAUCAAGGAAUAACAAUGAAAGAGGAACUCUCUUUGAGAUCAGUGCUCUGGUUUGAAAACGCAGAUGUUCUCAAUACUUUUACUAAAAUGUGGUACCAUGUCUUCCUAUGGGCCUUGUUUUCGUCCAUUUUCGUUCAUACAAUCGCAGGAAUGAUAGCUUUCCUUACAUUAAGAAAACACAAAUUUGGAAAGUUCUUCCCAAUAGCAAUAUUAAUAAUGGGUGUCAUUACUCCAGCAGUCACUGGUAUAGUCAGUAGUGCAGCAAUAGCAUUUGUAUAUAGAGCUUCAAGUUUUCCUAUGAAUCCUCUUUAUGCUCUUUUCUGGGGUUGUGGACAGACUAUUCUUACAGGAUGCAUGGGAUUCACGAGAAUCUUAGCUACCCUAUAAUCAAGGAAAUCUUAUUGAUUAUUUCUUUGUCAAUAAAUGUGAUGGUGCUAUAAGCAUAUUGUAUAAAGGUUAGAUAAAACAGUAGUGUAUAAUUGGAAUCAUUUCAUCCAUUCAUAAUUUUAAUACGCAUUUAUUUUCAUGUAUGUAUUUGUAUUGAAUUGAAAUCAAUAAACACUUUAGUUUA